AUGGACGCACCGCGUUUACAAAGCGUUCUUGAACGCCUACGACAAGAACAUUUCGUGGCCACCGUACUCUUCACCGUCGCCGCCACAACCGCCGUUCUCGUCGCGAUAGUGCUUCAGUAUUUCAAGCCAGUCGGCAAACGCAGAGGAAAGGAUGGAAGACGUCCCGUCCUGCCCCCGGGCCCCAAAGGCGUUCCCUUGUUCGGGAACCUGCUCCAGGUCAACGCCAGCAAAGGAGACCCUUACAAUAGAGGCCUCCUCUCCAUGGCAAAAUACGGAGAAAUGACUACCCUCCACCUCGGCUCCAAGACCAUGGUCCUCCUGAACAACAGCAGGGUCGUUAGCGAGAUCUUCGCAAAGCGAAGUAGCCAGACGAACAACCGGUCCCCGAUGCCCAUUUCCAACGAUCUCGUCGCCCGCAACCGCAAGUCCGUCCUCCAGGCGCAAAAGGACUGGGCCGAGCCGCGACGUGUCAUGCACACCCUCCUCAGCGGCACCGCGCUGCGGCAGUACGGUGAGUUCCAGGAGCUCGAGAGCACGCAGAUGCUGGCCGAGUACGUCUUGAAGCCGGAAAAGUGGUACCGUCACCACUACCGCUACGCCAACUCCGUCAUCCACCGCAUCGUCCUCGGCGAGCGCCUGGUCAAGACCAACGAGGAGCUCAUCGAAAUGCAAAACGCCGUCACCUUCUUCGUCGGCAGCAUCGGCAGCAGCAUCAUCGACUGGUUCCCGGACUUGGCCAAGCUCCCGCGCUUCAUGCAGCUCUGGAGGCCGCACUGGGACGCCCUCGGCCAGUGGAACUACGACCUCUACGAUAGGUGGUACAGCCCCAUCGCGGCCAAAGUCGAAAACGGCACCGCGCCCCCAUCCUUCGUCCGCGACACGCUGCUUCACCCGGACACAAAGUACAAGGGCGACCACGUCGACGGCAUGUUCGUCGCCAUGCAGCUUAUCGAGGCCGGCAGCGAUACCACGCGCGAGGCCCUCAACAUCAUGACCAUGACGGCGCUCGAGUACCCAGACGUUUUCGUGAAGGCCCGCGCCGAGGUGGACGCCCUCUGCGGCGUCGACGCCGACGCCAGGCUGCCCACCCUUGCCGACAUGGACGACCUCAAGUAUAUCUGCGCCAUGGCCAAGGAGAUUUUGCGCUGGCACCCCAUCUUCCCGCUCGCCCCGGACCACUCGACGUCCCAGGACAUGGAGUUUGAGGGAUACUUCUUCCCCGCGGGCACCAGCUUCGCCAUCAACGGGCCCGCCGUCGCUCACGAGUGCGAGGAUCCGGAAGAUUUCAAGCCCGAGAGGUGGUUGAACGGCCACGAGGCGGAUAUCACACACGGGUUGUGGGCCUUUGGCGGUGGCCGACGUAUUUGUGUGGGAUACCGCCUGGCUCAGCGCAGCAUGUUCUUGAGCAUUGCCAGGUUGGUCCAGUGUGCCAACUACAAGCCUAAUGGAGAAUACGACAAGCACACCCUGAACCUGGAGGCCACGGGCGAGCCGUUCCCCGUCAAAGUCACCAUGAGAAAUGAGCAUUACAAUGCUCUCAUCCUGCGCGAAGCUCAGGUUGCUGGUGUUUUGGAGGACGCCAAGUUGGAGCGGGACUGA